UCUGUUUUUCCAGUCAGUCGUAUUUUUUCCAACAGUCUCUUACGAGAGUAUAGAAAGGGGCAUUUCCAAAAAAGUAUUUCGUUUCGUUCACAAAAGUUAUCAUAUUCAACUCCUCAUGAAAUUUCAGAAAAAGUUCUUGAAUAUUAUGAAGGCCUGAAAAAUCAUGAUCGAUAUUAUUUAGCCAAAGCCAUAACAUUAGUUGAAUCGUCGCGUAAGGAUCAUAAAUAUCAAGCACAACAAUUGCUCUCCAUAAUUCUCGAUGUACAUCAUUCUUUAAGCAAUGAUGUACCAACAUUCAGAAUUGGCCUUUCUGGUCCGCCUGGCGUAGGAAAAUCUACAUUCAUCGAACGUUUUGGAAUGCAUGUACUUUCUCAGGAUCAUCGUGUAGCUGUUCUUGCCAUAGAUCCAUCUUCAUCUCGGACAGGUGGAUCAAUUUUAGGUGAUAAAACCCGUAUGAUUGAAUUGUCACGCCAAAAUGACGCGUAUAUUCGGCCAUCCGCAAGUCACGGCACACUUGCUAGGAACACUAAUGAAGCUUUAAUCAUGUGUGAAGCUGCUGGUUUCAAUGUGUGUCUUGUUGAAACAGUGGGAGUUGGUCAAUCAGAAACUGUGGUAGCAGAUAUGGUUGACAUGUUUAUUUUGAUGGUUCCGCCUGCAGGUGGAGAUGAAAUACAGGGUUUGAAAAAAGGCAUUGUUGAAAUUUCUGAUUUGGUAGUUGUCAACAAAAACGAUGGUGCUAUGGAAACUGCAGCUAGAGAAGCAGUUGCCGAAUAUACCAGCGCCCUAAAGUAUCUCCGGCACAAUACACCAUUUUGGACACCUCGG